CGCUUGUUUCUUCGCAGAAGUCCGCCAUGUUGGAAAUAAUGUGGUUAUAAAUAAUCUUAGGUUUCUAAAAGAUAGAUGAAGAAUCAACAACAAUAACUGCACAGCCAUGGAAACAGACACAUUAGAAGAACUUGAUAAAGACCAGUUCCUUGAAUAUUCAAGGUUAACAACAAAUAAAAUGCUACUAGCUGUCACACUGGAAACUGGUACCAUGACAAUGACUUCUUUUGCUUCACAGCUUGGGAACAGCUUUCUACAGCAGAGUGUGCAGUAUGCAGGAGUAGAUUUUCUAGAUGAACUUCAGGAGUUUCUGUCAGACUACUAUAAAACUAAGAAACUGAAAAUAGAGAAUAAACUGUUGAAAGAUGAUAGCAAUGAUGAGGACCGAAAGAAAACAGUAAGAGACAGAAAGAGAAAGCAAGAGGGUUCACCACUCAUAACAGACAAAAAGCAAAAAGUGGCAGAAAAAGACCUCAAAUUAAUGUCUCCAAAUAAAGACAUGACAAGACUUACAUCCAUUCAAACAGAUAAUGGAAUGUCAAGAAGUGGAAGGAAAAUAAGAACACCAAAAUGGUUGCUGGGAAAUGAAAUAUCAGGAUCAACGGGGAACGAGAAAACUUCAAAUGUCGCCUUUACAAAAUCUAGGUUGAAUGAAUCAGCUGAUCAAAUACAGAGUUCAGUUUCCAGGACAAGUUCAGUUCUUAAAAAUGUAAAUAAAUCAGAAGCAACGAAGGAAAAAAUAAUUCCAAACAAAACUUAUCUUUUGAAAAAAAUCGUGAAAGAAAUUAAAGUUGAGAUCAAGAAUAAAGACACCAGUCAGGAAAGCAAUAAAAAUAACAAUAAGAAGGAAAUUGCAGAUAGUAAAAAUAAGCAGGAUGUCAACAGUGGACAGUACACCAAGACAAAUAAUAAUACUCUAGACACUAAAGAUAAUGGAAAUACACAAAAUGACAAGAACAUAAACAGUGCACAGCACAAUGAAGAUGAUGAGAUUGACCAAGAGAUCAAAGGUUUAGGCAAAGUACAGGGUAAUAAGGUCACUAUAAAUGAAAAAGAUAUCAAAGUAGACAUGGUAGAAAGCUGUGAAAAAGAGGCUAAUGAUAAAAACAAAAUGAAUAACAUUCCAGUGGAGGACAAUGGACACGACGAAAACCAUAUAGACAAUGGACACGACGAAAACCAUAAAGACAAUGGACAAGACGAAAACUAUAAAGACAAUGGACAAGACGAAAACUAUAAAGACAACGAACACGAGAAAUUAAAAUCAAAUGAUUAUGAUGAAAAACUUUUGCAUUGGGCUUAUGGGGUUGCAAUCGACUGUGAAGACAAAAUGAAAGAUAACAAGGGAAUCUUUAAAUGCCGAAAGUGUGACAAGGAAAUGUCAUCUCCAUUGGAAAGGGUUCAACAUGAAGUAAAUGAACACAACUUUAUUGUAAUGUUGAAAAUGAAAGAUCACUGUGCUAAACCAUAUAAAUGUCCUUUAUGUAGAAGAUGUAUGAAGUUUGAAGAAUCUAUGCGUACUCAUAUUGUUGAGCACGCUACUGCAGAUGUAACAGACCUCACUUGUAGUGUUUGUAAAUUACAAUUUAUUAAUAAAUUACGGUUGCGAGAUCAUAUGUUAACGCAUGGAGAGGCAAAAUUUCCCUGUCCGAACUGUGGAAAGAAGUUUCGGAUGAAGAAAUAUGUCCGUCGUCAUAUGAUCGAAAGCUGCUGUUCAAAAUUUUCAGCUGAUAAAAAUGAAGAAUGUGAAAAUGAGCUACCAGCCCAAGCAGAUACUAGCAAAGACAGAAAUUUAGCAGUUAAUAAUUCAUCUGAAGAUGUUACUGUAAUGAGGGUCAAUGAUAAUGGAAGUCAGAUUAUGACUGGUCAAAUGGACAGCGUAUCGGUAUUAAAGAAUGAAGAUUCAUUGGAUAAACAUUUUGCUGCUGGUGGGGAUGCAGAAACUUCAGAUUUGUCGUGUGAUAAAUCGUCUUUGAAAUUGAACAGUGAUGAAAUAUUUGCUGAUGAAAAUGAGCAGGCUAAAGAGAACAUUAUAUCAUCUUCCCCACUAACCUGUGAGAUUUGUCAAGAAACAUUUAUGAAGAAGUGGAAUUUGCAACGUCAUAUGUUUCGAAAACAUAGUAAUGAAGAUUUUCAGUGUGAAGUUUGUCAGCAAACUUUCAAGAAAAAGUUUGCUUUGAAUAAUCACUUGGUACGAGAACAUAAUUAUGACAAAGACUUUAAAGUCAUAUGUUCUAAGGCUGAGGUACAAAGUGAAAAAUUCAAAUGUAGAGAAUGCAAUGAAAUAUUCUUUUCUGCAAUGGAAAGAGUUCGUCAUGAGCUUUAUGAUCAUGAAUUAGCAGUUCUUGAGAGGUACACUGGACCUGCUAAAAAAGGGAAAUUUAAAUGCCCCAUUUGUAAAAAUAAAAGAGAGACUGUUGAAAGCAUGAAAUCACACAUUCGUGAUCACUUUGAAACUGAUGUCAGUGAAUUAACAUGUAGUGUUUGUAAGUUGCAAUUCAAAACUAAAAACAGACUUCAAAAUCAUUUACCAAUACAUAGUGAACCAAAGUAUCCGUGUCAGAAAUGUGGUAAAAAGUUUCGUAUGCUGAAAUAUGUCAAAAGACAUAUGCUUGAAACACAUAAAAUUGCAGGAACUCCACUUAAAAAAGGGAAACAAGACUGUGAAAAGACUAAAGAAAUAAAGAAGCAAAAGAAAACACCAGGAAUUUGUGAAGUUUGUGGGAAAGUAUUUUCUUCACUUGCGUCAGCUUUACAGCACAGAUCAGUUCAUACCCAAGAAAGAAAACAUUCAUGUAAAGUUUGUCAGAAAAGAUUUCGAUUAAAAUCUGCUCUUCGUAAUCACAUGAGACUACAUCAAGACAAUAAAGACUUUGUUUGUGAAGUGUGCGGAAUGUCAUUCAAGAUGACACAAGGAUUGCGAAUGCAUCGACUUCGGUACCAUGAAAGAGUACAGUAUAAGUGUGAUCAUUGUAACAGGAAGUUCAAAUGUAUAGGCGGCAAAAAGUAUCAUUUUCUGAAAGAACACAGAGAAAUUGCUGAGCUGGCAGGAUUAAAAAUGUAUCCAUGCAAUUUUUGCGAUCGUAUUUCAUCUAGUCACCAGGAAUUCUUACGACAUGAGAGUUCACACAUUGAUAAUAAGAUACAUGUUUGUGACCUUUGCAAUAACAGAUUUCCAACAAUUUCACAGCUGAAUGAACAUAAAAAGUCACAUUUUGGCAGACAGAAGAAUUACAUGUGCUUAAUCUGCUCAUUUAAGGCAAGCUCGCCAUAUAAAAUAAGGCGUCAUCUUGCCUCCACAAAACAUCUUGAAAAUUGUUCAGCUAAAGGUUAUAAUUCAAUAGCAGCAAUGAACAUGGAUGAUCCUGAUAUUGUUAAAGUACCGACUAAGUGUGAAAGACGAUUGUCUGAAAAUGACGUUAAAAACGAGGAUGAAAAUUUAUCGACAGACUUUAGUGUUUCUGUAGUAAAUGAACAAAAAUUACUUAAUCAGGUAGAUAUUUCAGUAGGAGAAGAUGGGAAUUCUCAGACUGAAGAUAGUGUUGUAGAGGUCAAAUAUGUAGAAAUUCCAUACAACAUAGGAGAAGGCUCUCAUAUUAUUUAUUCAGAGGAUAAUAAUUUGGUCUAUAGAGUUAUUGAAGAUGGUGAAACGGGCAGUUUAGUUGAAGGGGAAAAUACUAUUAUUUACGAUACCUCAAUAAAUCAAGCUGUGGAAUCCAUUUUAAAACUACAACAAAGCUCACCAACGAAUUUAUAAUUUAUUUUUUGUGAAGAUAAUUAUAAGAAUCAAAUAACCCUACAAUAACGAAAAUUCUAAUUUUGUUUAUUUUC